AUGGCGGCUUGGGAAGUCACAGGUACUGUUGCGAUCGUGACCGGCGCCAGGUCAGAUUGCGCCCCUAAGCCGAGAAGACGCUCAAUAAGUACCGGAGCCCGGCUAAGGGUGCUGGCCCAUUCGCCAUCUUCCACCAGACUAGCCUCUGCAACUGGUCUCAUAUCAACUAACAAGACGUAUGCCGUGAACACAAUUGCGCCUGCCAGGCUGGCCCAGAUUGCCAUUGAGUACUGGCUGCGGCCUGAGAAUCGCGAGCGCGGGAAACAUUCUCUGGGUGGCAAGCAUGGCAGGACAUAUCCACGGACUCCCCUCCCCCUUUUAUUAUUCGAGCAAGGCAGCGGUCGUGAGCAUGUGCAAAUCUCUGGGGUCGCCGAAUAG